AUGUGGACCAAGCUGCGCCCCGGCGCGCGCCGCUUCCUCGCCGCCGCCGCUGAAAAGUUUGAGCUCUGGAUCCACACGGCAGGCAGCAGGUCGUACGCGCUGGCCAUGGCGGAGCUGCUGGGGGCUCACUACUUUGGCAAUCGCAUCAUCGCGCAGCAGGACGGCGCGGAGGAGGUGCAGGUCCUCAACAAGCGGCUGGCCUCCGGCCUGGAGGGACGCGAGCCCGUGGCCGUCAUUCUUGAUGAUAGCAGCGCUGUGUGGCCCCAUGACAGGCGCAACCUUCUGGUGGCUGAGCGCUAUGUGUGGUUCCCGACCGCGCGCGUCAAGGGCCGCGGGUCCCUGUUGGAGAUGGGCAGGGAUGAGUGCGCCCGAGGGGGCAUGUUGUGCAUCGCGAUGGGCAUCCUGGACAGACUGCACAGCGAGGUGGGAAACACAGCCGACGGCACGUAG